AUGGCGGAUACCGCGCACGCAGCGUCAGAAUCUGAUGGCUGUUUAAAUCCAGAAAACAAAUCCGAGAUGGAGACACCAAAUUCAUCAGGGGAUGAAAACAGCGAAGCUAAACAGGAGGGUACAAAUAUUAGCGAGGAUCUUUUCAAGAAACCGGCCAUUUUCGCGGCGCCGUCUGUAGCAUUGAAGAGCAAAAGUGUGCAGAAGAUCAAACCUGAGGCUGACAGCGGUGUAAUCACUAAAGAUCAGCCGGAACCUGAAACAUCAGAUCGGAAAGAACCUUCGAAAGAAUCCAGAGUAAAUGAUGAUCAGUCUUUUAAACAUCAUACAGAAAGUCGGAAUCAAAUUCCUGUGACUGAGCAGCUUCUUACAAAAGAAAAGCAGAUCACUGCAACACCAAAACCAAAUAUCAAACCCCAAAAAAGAGCUAAAGUGCCACCAAGUGCUAAAUUUCCUCCUCUUCCAUACAUACAGCCUCCAUGGGCUGGGAUACCAGGUGUCCUUUACACCUUUGAGCUGCUUAAAAAUGGUUCCAUACUGGACACAGUGCCUCUGAGUCAGCAGAGUUACUUUGUAGUCGGACGCAUACCUGUGUGUGACAUCUCUCUGGAGCAUCCCUCCAUAUCACGUUAUCAUGCCAUUGUGCAGUAUCGUGGAAAUGCAGGAGACACUGUAGGAGAGGCGCUUGGAUUCUACAUCUAUGAUCUGGGCAGUACUCACGGCACCUUUGUGAACAAGAACAAGAUCCCCCCUAAAACGUAUAUUAGAUUGCAUGUCGGCCAUGUCCUUAAGUUUGGAGGAAGCACUCGGCUCUUUAUCCUCCAGGGUCCCGAAUCGGAUGAAGAGGUUGAGUCGGAGCUGACGGUUACAGAACUGAGAGAGCGGGCCAGGAAGCAUCGAGAAGAGCUAGAGAAGAAGAUGAUGGGAGAUGGUUCUGAUGAUGAUAUCGAUGAUGAUGAUGACAAGGAGGAGAAGAAUGAAGAGAGCGUUGCUCAUGGAAGAAGUGCUGCAAAUGACAGUGGCUGCUCGUGGGGAAUGGGAGAAGACUCAGCCCCAGAGGAGGAUGAGAAUGAGGAGAAUCCAUUUGCGACAGAGUUUCAAGAGGACCAGGAAGCAGCCUAUCUGAAAGAUCCUAAAAAGGCUCUGCAAGGGUUCUAUGAUCGAGAAGGAGAAGAACUGGAAUUUGAAUAUGAUGACAAAGGACAUGGCACCUGGCUCUGCAGAAUCAAGUUGCCGGUGGAUGACGCUAUGGGUAAGCAGCUGGUUGCUGAAGUCACACACUCAGGUAGAAAGAAGGAGGCGGCUGUACAGUGCUGUUUGGAGGCGUGCCGCAUGCUGGAGGCUCGAGGUCUGCUGAGGCAGGAGGCAGUCUCCCGCAAGCGUAAAAAGAAAAACUGGGAGGAAGACGAUUAUUACGACAGCGACGAUGACUCCUUCCUGGACCGGACGGGUACUGUUGAGAGGAAGAGGAAAGAACGCAUGAAGAAAGCUGGCAAGAUCCAGGAGAGACCUGAGACAUAUGACUCUCUGGUUGCUAAGCUCGCUGAAGUGGAGAAAGAGCUAGCUAAAACUGAGAACACGCUCAGUUCUUCUGAGAAAGGGGGCUCGAGCUCAGCUACAGAGGACCCUCUGGAUGCGUUUAUGAGCGGUGUGCGCAGUCAGGCUGCUGUGGAUGUGGUGCAGAGGAAGAAGCUGCAUCUGCAUGUGGCUGAGCUGAAGAAGGAAGCGCAGCGAUUGCAGAAGCUCAUCGACUUAACCAGACCCACACAGCUGCCCUCGUUGCAGAGCCAGCCUGGUAAUCAAUCUGAGUCUGACAAGCCCAAGAAGUUAACCCUGCCAUUGUUUGGUGCUAUGAAAGGUGGCAGGAAAUUUAAACUGAAGACAGGGGCAAUAGGGAAGUUGCCUCCAAAAAGGCCCAACCUGCCUCCUGAGCUCUUCAACAUGAAAGAACUACCGCCUGAAGGAGAGGAAGAAGAAGAAGAGGAGGAUGAGCAAGGGGAAAAAGCAUCUGAAAUGGACAAAGAGUGCAACGUUGAGGAGAAGGAGAGCAUAGCUGCUUCAGAGGUUGAUCUGGAGCCAGUGCCGGCUGAUGAGAUGGAACACGUCGAGGUCUCCAGUGCUGGCAAACGCGCAGAAGAAACCUGUUCACGGAGCCCUAAAGGGAAAGACCAACCUCCUCUGAAGAAGAGUGGGAAGAUGAUUGGUCCCAGUAGGCCUCCAAGCACUGUGUCCAAACAGUACCCAGAGGAUGACCCUGAUUACUGUGUGUGGGUGCCUCCAGCAGGUCAGUCUGGAGAUGGUCGGACUCAUCUUAACGACAAAUAUGGCUACUGAGAGUAUGACCGAAGUUUUUAUUGGUGUCAGUGUGAAGGGUGUUAAGGGCAGGUCCAGCUGACAAAAUACACAAUUCCCUCAAUUAGUGGGUUGGUUUAUGGGUUACGGAUGGUUAUGGAGACUUGAGCACUUGGGCAUUUUCAUGCAUUCUUUGGCUUACCAUCUGUGUUCGCACUUGCAUUGUGUGUGUUCUUAGUGCACUGUGCAAAUGGGUCAGGGAGAAGGAUGGAGAAUUGUAAACACUGCAAGGAUUUUCUAAGUCAGAUAUUAAAUCAAAGAUUUAAUGGAGCUGUCAGUGACUGUGGUCAGGUAAACACUUGGAUCUUCUGCAUUUUGAAUCCUGAUAUGUUCUCCCACAGCUAGGAUUUAUAAUUAAUCCCACAGCUUUAUAAUUAACGUGACCUUCAUUAGCAUCCGAGUUAAAUUAUUUUGUUUAAACUUCUUUUAUCAACUCAUUGGUCCAUUUUUCACUUUAAGUAAUGGCUUCCUACAUUGUCCACAAUGUCACUGGUGGUGCCAGAGAUCAUUGAACACCUUUGUAUACGCACUACCGAUUUCCUCCUGUGACAUCAGCGUGGCAAACAUCAGUCAACUUGUCAAAUUAAUUACCCCCAGAAUCACUAAACCUAUCACAAAUAUUUCCAUAUAAAUAUAUUUCAUCUGUUUCAGAUGAAGUUUCAUUUAAAAGAUGUGCUUAGUGUGUUUCUGUAGGUACUUUAACCCUACACAUAUCUCCUACUCCUCACUCAGUUUAACAUGGUUAUAGAGGUCCAGUGCUGACUCAAUCCACCAUACUGGUUACUUUAGGUAUAACACUAGCCGUCCUGGGUGAGAUAUUAGGCCUUACUGGGUGAGGUUAUUAAGCCAGGAACAGCAAGUGUUCAGGCUGGAUCUGUGUUCGACUGGUGUUACCUUAGCCGAGAGAGGGCGAGUGUAUUCACCAGCCAUCUGGAUGCUUGCUCUGACAGGACUAUGUGUGUAAGUUUGACGUACAUGACUGGGGGCGUGGGGUAGUGUGCUAUGUGUAUGUGUUCCCUCUAUUUGAUAUUAAUGAGGCAUGACUCAGUGUUAAGGAGGCGUGUUGGCAAGAAUGUGUGUUGUUUUUUCCAAGGAAAGAUUAGGCCCUCCCACAGACUUCACAACACUUCAGUAAUACUUUUUUCUUUCUUUCUAUUCUCUUUUUAAGCCCUUUAUUUCAUUGUUCUGUAGUCCUGGACGUAAAGGACAAUAUGUAUUUUUAUUACUGUUCUUUUUGUAAAAUAAAUUGUUCCAUGUA